ACUUUAAGAGAUAACAUUUUCAGUUAAAUAAUAAUAACACAGUGUGUAUUUUAUACGAAAUCGCUAAUUGCCUUAGAAUGACAAGGUUUAUAGAAAAUAAUCUAAAUAUUUAUAGCUGAGUUAUUGUUGAAUCAGAGCUUUUAUGGCAUAGUUAGGUUUAAAUUUCACCAAAUUGCAAGUCGUAUUAGACUUUUCGUAUAGUUUGUAAAAUUAAUCCAAGAGGAAAAAUAUUAAAAAUCCGUCAUGGAUGUAAUUUUUCAAAAUUGUGUAAAAAUUACAUUAUGUGUUGGAAUUAGUUCAAGUUUUACUGCUGUAUUGUACAAGUAUUUUUAUAAAGAAGAAAUUAAAGUAGUAUUUUUUUAUGGUAACUCGGUUAAUAUUAAUCAUACAUUUGAUAUCAAUUCAAUUAAUGUACAGAAUUGUGAUUGUUCCAAUUGUAAAUUAAAUAUAAUAUUAGGAUGGAUCAACAGUGCCAAAUACACAUUGGAUAUUUGUAUGUGUAUUCUGACUAACGAAACAAUUUCAAAGGCAAUAAUUAAUGCUCAUAAAAGAGGUAUAUGUAUUAGAAUUAUAGUUGAUGAAGACACUUUAAAGACAACUUGGGAAAUGGGAAGAGAAGGAAUUGCUAAAAAAGUUAAAAGCAAAAUUUACUCUGAAAGUAUAAUGCACCACAAAUUUACUAUAGUUGAUGACAAAAAAGUUAUUCUUGGAUCUCUUAAUUGGACCAAAAUGGGAACUCGAAAAAAUUGGGAAAAUACAUUUAUUACAAAUAAUCGAGAUAUCAUUGCUGAAUACAAGAAAGAGUUCUUAAAAUUAUGGAAUGGCAAUAUAUAAACAAUUGCUUGAUUUGAUAAACAUUUUGUUGUGGUAUUAUUAUUAAAAAAAAUGAGUAUAUUUUAAAAAGAUGUUUUUUAUUA